GGGCAGGGGAAGCUGGCGCUACAAUUAGGACGGAGGUGGCUGCCCCCCGUCGGCCGCGCCGUAGCGGCCCGGCUCUGAGCCGAGCCCAGGACGGUUCCAGGCCGCCCCAGCUAGCGGCUCGGAGAAUUGACCAUGUCAAAUGAAAGGGCGCUAUCCACAUAGACUGCUGGCUGAGAAGCUUCCGAAGACAGUAAAAUAGCACAGUUCCAAACCAUAGGUGCCUCUUUGGAUCAAGCUAUGGUGAAAAAUGUUUCGGAAAGGCAAAAAACGGCACAGUAGUAGCAGUUCCCAAAGUAGUGAGAUCAGUACUAAGAGCAAGUCUGUAGACUCCAGCCUGGGAGGUCUGUCGCGAUCCAGCACUGUGGCCAGCCUCGAUACAGAUUCCACUCGAAGCUCAGGACAAAGCAACAGUCACUCAGAUACCUGUGCAGAAUUUCGAAUCAAGUAUGUUGGGGCCAUCGAGAAGCUGAAGCUGACUGAGGGAAAACGUCUGGAAGGACCACUAGACCUGAUCAAUUACAUAGACGUUGCCCAGCAAGAUGGAAAGCUGCCUUUUGUUCCUCUGGAGGAAGAAUUUAUUAUGGGAGUUUCCAAGUAUGGUAUAAAGGUGUCCACAUCAGAUCAGUAUGACGUGGUACACCGACAUGCCCUGUACUUAAUCAUGCGCAUGGUGUGCUACGACGACGGCCUGGGGGCGGGGAAGAGCUUCCUGGCGCUGAAGACCACAGAUGCCAGGAACGAAGAGUGCAGCCUCUGGGUCUACCAGUGCAGCAGUCUGGAACAAGCACAAGCCAUCUGCAGAGUUUUAUCCUCCGCUUUUGACUCUGUCCUAACAUCAGAGAAGUCCUGAGUUCUGCAAGCAAGUGGAAGCCAGCGUCCUUUGAAAGUCCAUGUGCUUCUAAUAAGCUCUAUUUUCAGUCUGCAAGGUUGAACUCUUGUGGAAAUGGGAAGUGAACCCUUGGUCUCGGUUUUUUAAAAGAAAAGUGCACAGUAUAGGAUCUUGAUUUAUAUAUAUAUAUAUUAAAGUAUGAGUGUCUUAUUAAACACA